AUGGAAGGACAAGAAAGUGCGAAAAGGAAGUUUAGAGGAGGAGCAGAAAAGAAAAGAGAAAAAAAUAAAAGAUUGUUAUCAAAUGAAGCUGAAAAGUUUUGUUUGGCUUUUUCAAAAUCAGAUGAUGAAAGUAAGUUUACAUCUGGAUUAUUUGAUAUCGAUCCCAAACAUUUAUAUAGUAGAAUUCAUGAACACGAAAACAGUAAAAACCAUUUUUACUCAUCUGAGUCCUACAUGAUGCAAUUUAAAGAAAAAACUAUUGAUAUAUUAUUAUUUAAUGACCAACUUUAUAAAAGAAUGCUUGAAAUAAAAGACCGAAAACUUGCUUUUGAAAGAAUUAUAGAUGUUGUAAAAUUAAUAGGAAAACGGGGAAUGAGCUUUCGGGGUGAGUAUGAAUCGGCUAAAGAUUUAUCUAAUCCAAAUGUAAGUCACGGAAAUUUCUUGGAUAUUGUUUUACUAUUGGCAAAAUAUGACGUCAUAUUGAAUAAACAUGUUCAAUCAGUUACCAAAAAAGCUAAUAUAAAUACAACUCCAGGUCGAAUAAAUAAAAAAAAAAAAAUGAGCGAAGAAAUAAAUUCAGCUGGUAUGUAUUCAAUACAAAUUGACACAACGCAAGACAUUUCUGUAAUAGAUAUUUGUUCCGUCGUUAUCAGAUAUAUUUCGCAAAACAACCUUCAAAGUUUAGAACCUACUGUAUUUGAAAUAGCUAUAUCAUUUUUAAGUCCUAAAAAAACCACUGGUCUAGCACUUUGUGAUUUAGUAUCAAGUAAUUUAUCAGAGAAUAAUAUUGACAUUAAACAAUGUAUUGGUAGCUCAACCGAUGGUGCGUCGAACAUGAUUGGUCAAUAUAAAGGAUUUUCCUUGUGGCUUGAAAAAGAGUCACCAAAUCAAAUUCACAUUUGGUGUUAUGCUCAUUGUUUGAAUUUAAUUAUUUUAGAAGCCACCUCUAUUUCAACUGCUUCUGUGUCGUUGUUUGGAUUGCUAAAGUCUUGUGCUACGUUUUUAAGAGAUUCUCACAAAAGAAUGGAUGUUUGGCGUUCAGUUACAACUGAUAGUCGUGUUUAA